AUGCUACUGGCAGCAACCCGCCACGCGCGGUCCAGAUCCCCACCUCGUCCUCAAGUAGACGUGCUGCCUGCCAUAAACUUUGGUGACCAUGUGCGCGUGCUUCACAAUUUCAGCCACGCUGUUGGAUACCAUUACGACAUAGAGGCUGGAAUGAGUGGAGUGGUUACUCAGGUAGAUUCAGCAGGAGAUGUGCUUAUCCAGUUUGCCAACCUAAGCUUGAGGAAGUGGAUCAUUGGGGAUGAGAAGGCCUUGCUUGAAGUGAUUUAUGCCAGUAACCUCACUUCUUCCGUGAAUGAGUGUCGUCCAAAGCCCAAGACCCGAGCUACCCCCCAUGCUUAUGAGAAUCCUACGCAAGUCCAAGCUCAACCACUGCAGCGACCCAAGUGGAAUGUGCUGGACUUUCGGCCGUUGCAGAAUGGCAAGCCCAUGAAUUCUGCAGCUCCUGCCCGUGUAGCGGUUCCCAACACAGUUGCGACCCCUGCGCGGUCAGUGGCUUUCGGCGGUGGUGGGCCUAACCUUGCUGCAGUAUUGAUCGCAGACCCUGAUGCUCUGUCCUCAGCAGUUAAGGAUACAGCUGCUCAAAUCAGAGACAUUCCAGGUACAGCCAAUACGUCCUUGUCGCUUACUUUCCUGCUCAGUUCCAUGGCGACCAUUGCAGCCUUCCAUGCUAGGUUCAUGGAUAUGGGUAUCCACAUAGAUGAAAUGACGAGGGCUGGGGUUCCAACGGCUCCCAAACAAGUUCCAUGGGCAGCGCUUGCUGGUGACAGCUUCCAACCAUGUUUGCUGGUCACCUUCAGUGCAGCUCCAAAGGAACAGAAAAUUAGCUUCCAGUGCCGGUUGAAGCGAUCAAUCGUCACGGCCAAGGGAAAACGCGCAGCACUCAGUGCCAAUCUUGAGCUUAUGGUGGCUUUCCUCGGCAAACCCUCCGGGGUUGCUGCGUCCAAUCCUGCUGUGGCUCGUGAUGGUUCAGCUGCGCCCCGUAGCAUUAUAGAUAUGCUGCGGCAAUCGCAACAUGAGGCUCGUGAUGCCCCUGGUCAUUAG